GUCGUCAUGGUGACACGCUCAAUGCACAAACCCUGACCUCGACUAAUUAGCAGCUUCGUCUAUAUAAGCUCUAGUUAUACUUCAAUGAUGAUCCUGCUUCGCUAACAUAGCAAACAGAGAUAUAUUACGAAAUACGCUCACUCUCUUCUAGAGCAACGGAACUUUGGUUACGAUUUUGGUGAAAAAAACGUUAUUCAUCAGACAAGGAGCUUCAAAGGUGGUAGGUGCCACUGUUUCUAGCCACUACACCUUGCUUCCAUGUAAAACAAGUCAGGAUAUAUUUAUAUUGUAAGUCACUCUGCAACUAGGGAUUCACAAUUAGAUAUUCUUCUAGAAGAAUAUACUUGUUUUCUUUACGUUUUGUUGCAGAUAAUUUUAUGGUUUUCUGGUCUAACUGUUCAAAACUAAAGGCAACCAAAAAACAAUCCAUAAUACCAGCACAGAAAAUUUAAAGAUUCGUCCCAUUCAAUAAAAAUGCCGAACGAGCAGAUUCACAUUGAGCAUUUCAUUCAAAGUCUUAGCAGUACUAUAAGCUAUGUAAAAUCCGAUAUUCGGUUGGAAGCCUCGCCAACUAAACUUCAAUCUUUACCCGUACGUACUUAUUUGGAGAGGUUAGUCGUGCCAGUACUUAUCCAUGGUCUUACACAACUGUGUAAAGAAAGGCCACAGAAACCGAUUGAGUAUUUAGCGGCGUAUUUACUGAAAAACAAAAAUUAUGGACAAAAUAUCAUCACUGGUACCAAGUAAUCAACUGAAGAUAACAUAAUUUCAAUUUAUAAAUAAACAAAUCGAAUAUAAACUUCAUUCUAA